AUGACGGUGAGCGGCUUCCUGAACGUGCGCAAGCCGGCGGGGCUCACGUCGCACCGAUGCGUGGGCAUGGCGCGGCGGGUUUUCGACACGCGCCAGGUCGGUCACGGCGGGACGCUGGACCCGAUGGCCACGGGGGUGCUCACGCUAGCGGUGGGGCGAGCCACGCGCUUCCUGCAGUACCUGACGACGGGCAAGGAGUACCGGGGCGUGGUGCGUCUGGGGGUCACUACGGACUCGGACGACGUCACGGGCGAGAUCCUGACACAGCGGCCGGCGCCUUGGGUCCAAGAGGAGGCGGUGCACUCGACGCUGCAGAGGUUCAUCGGAGAGAUCGACCAGGUACCGCCGCGGGUCAGUGCCAUCAAGAAGGACGGCGUGAGGCUCUACAAACUGGCGAGAGCGAAAAAGGACUUUGACGUGAAGCCAAGGAGAGUGCACAUCGAGCGAAUUGACAUCCAAAAGUUCGAGUCUGGGGAUUUCCCGGAGGUGGGAGGCACAUACAUCCGAUCCAUCGCGCGCGAAUGCGGAGAGGCACUGAUUAUUUCUCCGGAGCACGUGGACACAACGUGUGCGUUGCGCAACCCUGCCGGUGAAUAUUGUGUCGGAGGAACACUCGCUGCGCUGGAGAGGACUCGAAGCGGAGCCUUCACUAUCGAUGAUAGCUUGGACUUUGACCAGAUUCGAGCCAAAGUGGAGGGAGGGGAGUCACCGCUUCAGUCGAUUGAAAGCAUGCUUGAGCAUCUUCCGUUCGCGGAGCUGCCGCGAAAGACGGCACAGCAUUGGCUGAAUGGUGGCAUCGUCUCGGUUCCUUCAAGCGAUAUCGAGUUCGGGCUGCUAAAGCGCUACAAGCUAACCAACGAGGAGCCCAUUCGCAUUUAUUGCUCCUCAUCACCGGAGCUGCUCGGCGUUGCACAAGUUGACCCGGAGGCUCAGCACGGACACUUUGUUCUCAGGAAGCGUUUAUUCAUCUAA